AUGACAGGUACAACAAUUACUGCAUUGUACUGUUGUUCUCUGUCUCUCUCUCUCUCUUGGCACAACAACAACAACGACGACGACAACGACAACGUGCACGCCUCACUCACUCUUCGCUUCACUCUUUGCUCUUCAUUCUUCACCAUCCCAAUCCAGCCCAAUCCAGCCCAACCCGACCCAGCCGACCCAACCAACCUUGAUACCAUAGCAUAG